GAAAAAAAAUCGGUAAAAGUUCACGCGAUCGUGAUUAGUGUCCGGCAAAAUCGCGUGAAAAUUCCUAAUUUUCACACAAUGGAUUGCUUGAAGCGGUCCCCUAGUUUUAAACUAACCCACUGGCUUGUGGUGCUGGUUGCGGUUGUCCAUUCCACCAGCGGAUUAUACGAGGAUCAGAUCGGUAAAUUUGAUUGGAGACAGCACUAUGUAGGAAAGGUAAAAUUCGGAGGAUUUGAUUCCAGUUCGCUGGAUCGCAUCAUCGUGGCAACGGAGAGCAAUGCCCUGGCGGCGAUAAGUGCAAAGAGUGGGGACAUUUUGUGGAGACAAGUGCUGGAGAAAAGUCCCCGGGGAGAUAUCAAGCUGCUUCACGUUCCGAAUCCAGGAAAUGGAGUCCAGGCCAGUGGUCGUAGCAGUAAUCGGGCGUUUGAUGUAGUCACCGUAACGGGGGCAAGUCCGGCAAUGGUUCGCGGCUGGAACUCGAAUACCGGAAGCUUGGAGUGGGAAUGGUCACUGUUGCCUAGUGCUCCGGAAAAAGCCGAACAUGCCUUUUGGUUUGUGGCGGAAGGCAGCUUGUAUCACGUAGUUCCUGUGUGGGGAUCUCAUAUCGAACUGACGGAGUACAUGGUUUCGACGGGGCAACAGGCCAAGCCAACCACUACGCGGAUUUCGGCGGCCUGGAUCAAGGAGGGAAAAUGUACAAUCGCUGAUAGAUUCUUUGCCUGUGGCAUGGAACAGCAAGUGUUGGCUAUCGAUUUACUAGCGGAUAAUCCCCAAAUUGUUGCCAAACCAUUGGAAACGAUGGCUUUGGAUUCACCGAGGGCAGUUCCGGGAGAGGCAGCAAUCGUCCAGGAUGACAUUAUGUACUCAUUGGAGUCGGAUUUUAAGCUGGCCCUGGGUGCGGAAGGAUCUGCUCUAGUUGAUGACAACAUUUUGGAGGGAGAACGAGUUCUCUUGCGUAGCUCCGUUGAUAGAGCGCGAAAUGUACUACAAGUAUCGGCCAGGAAGUUGUCCGACAACAGUGCCCUCGAGGCUAUCGAGUUCGUUGCCGAUUACGGGGAAACGUUCGGCAGCCCCGACUUGAUUGCCGUGCGAUGCAAAACCACUGGAGGAAAUGGACCUCGCGGUCAGCUGGCUUGCCGGGUGCUGAUUUCCAGCAAGGAUGGCGCCCUGACACUGAUCCAGCAGGGCAAAGCCAAGUGGACACGUGAGGAAGCAUUGGCUGAUGUGGAGACGGCUGACUUUUUGGAUCUGACGCUGUCGGAUGCCGAGGGCGCUAUCGAGGAAGAGCUCAACAACAAGAACGGGGACGUUUUCGGAGCCCUUCAACGCCGUAUUACCAGUCAAAUAAGCCACGUAAAGAAUCUAGUACUGCACGUGCUCGGCCUCGGACCGGCACCAUCCAAAGCUCAGAAAGCCGGUCUGGUUCGUGACGAUUUCGGUCUGCACAAGAUGCUGGUGGUCGUGACCAGCACUGGCAAAGUGUUUGGAAUCGAUAACAUCAGUGGCAAACAGCACUGGGCUCGGUACCUGCCGGAAAUGAUCGGGUUCGCCAACGGCCAGAGCAUAAAACUGAUGGUGCAAAGAACGUCUCGUUUCUACCCUUUGAGCGCCCAGUGCCUCAUUCUCGGCAGGCAUCGGGAUAACAAAAACGGUCUGAUUUAUCAGUUCAAUCCAAUCACCGGUCAACCAGUAAAUGGCGGUAUCGUCCAGUUGCCUUACAAAAUUCGUCAAGCCUCUUUGUUGCACGAAACCGGUCCGGAUUUCCUGAGGGGCGUCCUGCUCUUAGACGAGAACAACGAAGCGCACGUCCUGCCAGACAGUUUGGCCAAGUAUGCCAACAACUUCUAUAUGUUCAGUGCCGAUCGUGAGUCGGCCACCAUCAGAGGCUAUCUGGUUGAGUACAGGAAUGGAAAAUUGAGCACCGUUCCGACAUGGACCGUGGAUCUCAGUGGCGCCGGGAAGACUCAGCAAAUUAUUGCCAUCGAAGGAAAAAACCCAAUUGAACAUGUCCACUCACAGGGUCGCGUUUUGGCAGAUAGAUCGGUGCUGUACAAGUACAUCAAUCCAAACUUGAUUGCCGUGGCUACUCACGGACCCGACAACAUUCACAAGUAUAUUCUAAACGUGUAUCUCCUGGAUGUCGUGUCCGGAUCGAUCGUGUUCUCAAUGUCCCACAAGAGAAUCCGACCACCACUACAAAUGGUACACUCCGAAAAUUGGCUCGUGUAUUCGUACUACAAUGACAAAGUGCGCCGAACAGAAGUCACAUCGGUCGAACUUUAUGAGGGUAAAACGCAAACCAAUAGCACCGUAUGGAGCUCUCUGGAUGCCCCUCCGAUGCCAUUGGUUGAGCGUCAAUCGUAUGUUCUCCCAGUAGCGGUGGCCACCAUGCAGGAAACCAUCACCGAGAAGGGAAUCACUAAUAAGCACAUUCUCUUCGGUCUCACCACCGGUGCCGUGGUAGAAAUGUCAUGGGCAUUGUUAGACCCGAGGCGACCAGUCACAUCGCCCGAGAAGGCCCGCGAAGAAGGAAUCAUUCCGUACAUGCCAGAACUGCCGAUGCCCCAUGAGAUCAUCAUCAACUACAACCAGACGAUCGCGAACAUCAAGGGCAUCCACACAGCACCUUCGGGCUUGGAAAGUACCUGCCUGGUGUUUGUGCACGGGUUGGACAUCUUUGUCACCCGCGUGGCACCGUCGAAAACGUUCGAUUUGCUCAAGGAAGACUUCGAUUACUUCCUGAUCACGGUGGUGCUGAUCCUGCUUACUAGCACGUCUUACGUGGUGAAAAUCUUUGCAUCCAAGAAAGUCAUCAAACAAGCUUGGAAGUAGAUCCAUUUUGUCGUCCGAUUUUGAAGUGACGAAUUCUUGCAUUUCUAAACGUUCUUAUACUAAAACCUAUUGGUUAUCAGCAUUUUCACUGUUUGCGUUAUACUGGAUUAUUUAUGUUUUUGGUUGUUGCGAGCACUCACGAUUGUAUGCGUAGGAAAGAAUGAGUUUUAAGAUGUUCAAGAACGAUAAGUAGAAUAAUUUCUCGUCCCACCUUCAAGGCGCAUUACGAAACCAUUAUUUCGUUUGCGAUUUUAUCCAUCACGUCGGAAUUCCGUUUGUGCAAAAGAUUUGCACGAAAUAUUAACAUACACAUACUGUAAUUUACUAAAUGAUUCGGUUCAAAGGCGGCUGUAAAGUUAGUGAAUUAUUAAUAUGACGAAAAAAAAAUAUUUGGGUAAAAUAA